AUGGCAAUUAGUUAUACGUCAUUAUCUCAACGUGAACGUAAUUCUCAAGCAUUUUUUCCUAAUUCUGCAGCACAUUCUGAUCCUUGUCGUUUUAAGACAACAAAAGCAUUAGAUAAUCCAACAGUCAAGGACAUACGUGAUAUAUUAGAAAAUGUUGAUCUAAAAACAAUUGCAAAAACGAAUCGUUUAUAUUAUCGAGAAGAAUUUCAUAAAUUACAACAUCAUCGUCAUCUAUAA